AUGAACGACUUUAACCCAGAAAUGGGGAAAUUCACCACCACUGAAGACCUGCCCCAGGACAAUAGGAGUAUGGAAGAUAUAGAAACGUUGCCUAAUUUGCCCUGCAGCCGUAGUGGUACUCCGAAUAAGGGGAAAGAUCUGGCGCCCAACAAGAUGGAAACUCCAAGAAUACUCAAUAUGAGCAUGGUACCAGAUUACUUGCAAAAAGAGAAUCUCUCCCCAGAACUUUCGUCUGCCACUGUGUCUGCAGGGUCAUCGCCUGUAAACGUUGCCCAUAAGGAGUACCUUCCAAUAGGAAUCGCUGGAUCGAGUAACAUAAAGGGCUCCAAGUAUGAGAUCCAGUUGCAGCAACAGCAAAUGGUUGACUUCGCUGAAAAUGAUAUACGUUCACCGUCUUCUAGUAUAGCGAGCUUUAAAUUAGAUAUCAUGAAAACACUAGAGCUUCCCAUUCCCAAGAGAAGAGAUAUCAAGGGGAACCAUCUAUCCAAAUUACUGUUUGCCAAAUCUCCCCUAACAAUUAACACAUAUUGCCAAUUUUAUGACCCCAACACGAAGUCCAUAUGCAACCAAGAAAUGAUUUGGAAAGAUAAGAAUAGUAGAGAGAAACAUGGUUCAAGGAAGUAUCAGAGGCAUUUGAGCAAAAUCCAUAACGCCGAACUGACAACAGAAAACUUCACUCAGCUUUUUGACCAUAAUUCUCCACUAUUCCAAAAAUACUAUAAUUACCAGUCCAUGCUGAUGAAUGAUCUACUCGCUGAACCUGAGACAAAGCCCAAGGAGAAAAAAAGAAAGCAAACAGAGGAUAGCACAAGAAAUGAUUCAGACACCGGGCAGAAUCCCAACUACUACCAAGAGCAACAGCAUAACAUCCUGGAACUUCAGUCGAAAAUAGCCAUGAACGACUUGAUAGAACUUCUCAUUGAUCUGAACAUUCCGUUCUCUGUAUUAGAUUACCCACCAGUGCGAGAUUGGCUUAAUAAGUAUUCAAUAAUUACAACAGACUCUCUACCAGACGAGGAAUUCUUUAAAACAGACUCAAGCGUGCACGAAUUCGAACAGAACAGCGACGGAACCACUAACGGUGGUAAUUACAACAAUAACAGCAAUCCCAAUAAUCAUGACCAUAACCAAUACACUCACUAA